GGUGUACAUGAUUAUUAAAAGAUGUUCUGCUGUAAUAAUCAGUUCGACUUGAAGCUGAGAGCGGAUGAUAGACCACUUUGAGAAUCUUGGUUGGAUCUUUGGACGAGCCCCUUUUCACCAUUAAGCCCGACAAGAACAUGCUUUAGGCGGCUUCCUUUACUAUUCUUAUUUAACUCGCCCCCUAUACUAUUAUCCUACACUAGAAGAAGGUCUUGGCCAUUCUCUACACGCCGGAGGUUUAUACUAUCAUACGAUAUUAUAUAUAAUAGCAUUUCGACAUGCUCCCCCUUUUUGAUACGGUCCUACAGAUGAACGAGAGUGGAUUAGAUAUAGUACCAGCCUUGUCAAGAAAUGCGCCGAACUCUAUAACUAUCCUGCCUGGGUUGAAUCGCCCCCUAUCUCGUCCUGAGUCACCAAAUAAUCAUAUCCAUAUCUCGUACCAACCUAUGGAAUCAAAUAGCGACUCUAACGCACCCCAUGCAACAUCACCAAUGCCUGAGUUAUCAUCUACACAGUCUUCGAAUUGUACACGUAUUUGUCGGGCCCAAUCUCGGGCUGCAAAUACCCUCCUCCUCUUAAAACAUGCAAAAACUGAGGAAGGAGCUCAGGCGUUGAUGCCUUGUCAGGAAAGCGCAGCCAAUAUUAACUUAGCUGUGAAUGGCGAUUUAAAACCAUCUCAUUCCUCUUCUUCAGAUAACAACGUCUCUCAGUAAGUUUUGCCUAUUCUAAACUCCUCAUUAUCAUACCCUCCCAUCGUAACAUCAGUCAUUUAUAGUAAGUGUUUACUGCUGUUGUUGAUCAAAUUCUUUAAACUUCAUACUGUGAUUAAGUUUGAUGAUUACUAUCGCAUUGUUUAUCUACUA